AAGCUUUCAGAGUUCUCUUGUUUGUUGGAUUCAUUGAGUUGCGAAGUUGAAAUUGGUGACGCACAAGACUGGCAAGUGGCAGUGCGGUGAGUAUCACCGUCACCGACUAGCUCAAAGCGGGGGAAGUCUCGAAGCAUGUGAUAAGCGCGGGGGGGCGCGGGGUGGCGUGGGCGACGGCCUGAUCACGUCAUUUAGGAAGAGGGGCGGCUCUGCUCCAUCAAUGUUUACUUACUAUUUACACGCGAGCUAGUACACUCGCACAUUCCAAGAAACUCGGCCGUCGGUCUAUUGUCUUUCGGCCGUCAAAGUGCAUUUAAAGUGAAAUCUUUUUGUUAUUGCAUUUCUUGGACCGUGUGUGCAUGUGGAAUAAAUUUUCUUCUUUUGAACUUUUAUAAUUUGCAUUCUUGGUGAAACAGCUGUGGGAUUAUUUAACCGACUAUGAAAUAAAAUGAAAUUUAGGUCUUGUGAAAUAACUUCGCAGCAAGUGCGGUUGCUUCUAUACAAAGAGUGUGAUCGCAGGGGAAGAAAGGUUUUGUUUGAUUCAUCAACUAUAGAAAGACUACCGGCACACAAAAAUGAUAAACCAGAUUAUAGAAACACGGAUAAGAUUCCUUGCAUUAUGGAAGUUUCAGAUGGAUACACAUAUGUGUAUAAAGGCCAAGCGACGGAUGCUAGCGUCCUCGGUGAGAUGAUAUUCGGUGCGGUUGCAAUGAACUGCAAGAGCGUUUCAUUGAAAAUUCACAUCAUGAAUGAUCCGAAAAGGUUAAUGUGCACGAAGAUAUUCAACGUGCCACCGUCGCGGAUAAGUCGUACAAAGACUGAGGCGAAGAGUGGACACUUGGCCACCCACUCGACGCCGCUUAACGUGCCAUUGCUGAAAGAGGAAGGAGUUUCGCUAAGUUUUUCUUUGGAUAGAGGUGACUCUGGUUUUUAUGGGGAACAAUCACCAUAUAGCAGCGUGGGUUCAACCUAUGAUUACUUCUCCAUGUUUGACACUUGGGAUGUGAACUCUACAGACGAAUACUGCUUCUACACUCCGUGUGGUCGCAAGUUGAGCUGCUCCAGCAACGGUAGCUGGCAGAGGCGAACUUUCCAGAGCAUGGCCACUAAGUUCGACCUCGGACAGGCGAACUACUUGAAUGUACCAACAUCAAGUACCGUCUCCAGCGUUGAUUCGCAGAUAUACAGCAGCAGUUCAACCAGCGGAACAACGGAUAGUUUAGCGAGUUCAACGUCUGUUGUGACGAGACGAGGGAAACUUGGACUAGCAUUGCUUAUCACGGUUGCAGAAUCUACUGAUAUGGACCUCAUUCGUCGUUGUAUGGAACACUCUCCGCAACUUCAGGCCCUGGUGUGUCGGUUGCGUCUCGCGACACUGGCAGCGGGAACGGGAAGCGCCUUCGUAUCAACCCUUCAUAAGGCUGCCGGAGAUGCUGCGAGAUGGUUGUCUGAUCUGAUGUGCGGGCCGCGGUUACAACCUGUGUGGUUAGAUCUAGUCACGAGCGAGCCGCGGGCAGCGAACAAAAUGGCGGACACGCUUCUUUCAGAUCUAUGCUCCGUUCUAGCUGUUGGUGACACGAAGAAUACUAAUUUUUUUAUCAGCACACUUCUGACCUACGUUCUCACACAUCAUCUCGGUUGGGUGUCUACAGUCAGUCCCUACGAUCCCAUUGAUCCACAGAACUGUACCUCGGAAGAACUUGACACACGACGUCCGUACAAUGCUCUGUGGGCACAACUAACAGACCUCUGCGGCAGUAUCGGCUACCCGCCGCGUUCCGCUAGAACCAUCAUCACAGGCUCCAAAAACGUUCAGUUCAUAAAAAGAUUACUCGCAGUUUUAACGUAUUUCGUACGUUGUGGUGACGUCAGUAAGAACGAUUUCAAGUAUCAAGACUGUUUGUUAAAGGAACCCAAGAUUGUGAAUGUGAAUAGCCAAAAAAGUUUAGACGUAGUUAGGACCGCGAAAGGCGUAGAAGUUAAAGAGUGUAGUUUCAAUGAUAGUUUGAAAGUGCAUCCGUUAAAUAGGAGCAGUGGUGUUAGUGUCGGUACGUUAGUAGCGAGUGAGGUUAGUCUAAAAAAAUCGACCACGAUGGUCGAUUUGAAUCAAAAGCUCUCUAGUUCAGAUUUCGCGUUGGAUGGCAGUAGUAGUGGUGAGAGUCAGAACAUACCGCUGAGAAGACAUCCGACAGUGAUGACCUCGUUGAAGACCUCGUCUGACUCGAGUCCGAACUUAUCGGCUUCGGAGGAAUGUGAGGCGAAGAAAGUCGUGUUCGUGCUCGGCGAUGACGAUAAGCUGGUGGGACUAAAGAACAAAUCGUAUGGGAAAAAGAGUGGUAAGAAAUCAACUAAGCCCCCCGAACAAGUCAACACAACACAUCUAGAAAAGACUGACAACUGCACCAACGACUGUGAUAGGGACAAGUCAUCGAGGAGCUCCGAGAGCCCGUCCAAAUGCUGCGGGCAGACACUUCAACAUUCCAAGCCAAUAAAACAUUCCGGAUUUAAGUUCGAGUUCGAUAAGUAUCCACAGAUAGUCACUAAUUAUAUGAAGAGCAAGAAUUUAGAGAUUUUAGAUAGACACUACAUCGGUAAACCGGGUAACCUGAAGCUGGACAACUUCCAGUUCGAUCCCACCUUCGUACCACCGAUACAGGAAGAGAGGUGCGAGACGUGUUACAAGUGCCAGAUGAUGGAGUCCAUGUUGCAGACGCCUACCAACGCGUCAGAAAUGGAGUACAUGAACGAUAUCCCGCGCCAGUCCGAGCCCCAGUUCGCCAAGGAGACGCUAGUCGAGGAUACGACCACCCAUCGGGAGAUGUCACCCAAAACAUUCGUUCGGAAAGUGAAAGAAAACACGAUGAUUGUGAACGUUGAUAGCAAGCCCGAUGAACGUUCUGGCUCCAGAGAGCUUGGUGCGGAUGUGAAUGAUAAGAAAGAUACAAAGCCUGCUGAUAGAAAUAAGCAAUUGGAAGUGAAGCAAGUGAUAGAGUUCCCUUUGUCGCAAGUGGCCUCGAGCAAGCUUCAGACACAAGUGCGGUCUGGCUAUGAAGCUUCGUUGCUUGGCGGUCUCACCAACAACUAUGUACCUGAUUUAGUUUUACAAGGAACCGUCGCAAACCCUAACAGCUGGGAGGCGGAACUGCGGCGGGACCUAGACCUCACAUCGUACCUGAACAAAACACUAGAUCCGCCUGUGCAGUCCAUCGCUAUCGUUGGAGACACUAACUCAUGGGAGGUGCGGCUGGUGGGGCGCGAGUGCGGCUGCGGUGGGCUGUCCCCGCUGGUGGGCGGCGUGCUGGACGCGCUGCCCGCCAUGCGCCAGGCGCGCGUGCCGCCGCAGCAGUGUCUCCUGUACCUCGAGAGUAAGCUCCGUGAAUUCUGCGUGCUAUCAAAAACGUUAGCGGACAUGUUGAUGUCGACAGACUUCUGCGAUAUCGCGACGCUGACGAAAUCGCUUAACAUCGACGUAAAUGACGUCCCGCUGUUGUUGGCUGUUGCUACCACGCACACUCCACAGGUAGCGAAGAGAUACGGUGUUAGUUAUAGAUAGUAAUACCUCGAAGAAUCAUGUGCGAGAUUAUUAUUGAGAUCAAAUAUUUUGUUUAGCACAUCGGAUUGUGUAAUAGAACAGAUUAAUUAAAGACAAGUCAUUUUUUUCGUCUAUGUUAAAGCAUUACUCUAUUUUAUUUAUUAUUAGUGGUUAAGACCAGAUUACCUGUAAAAAAGUUGUCUUGACUUUGCUAGUGGGUCAUUGGUUUUUCCCUUGAUUUAGUACCAUUAGGUUUUUUAAAGCAUAUAAAUUCAAUUGGUUUCAAUAUAAAGUUAGAUAUUCGUAUUCUAAUUACUCAAUGACGACUCAAGUAAUGACUACUUUAAAUUAAUUUACUUAUAAUACAUGCCUCGAUUAUAUGUUCAAUAAUAAUGAAUGUUACAUAUCGUAAUUAAGUAAUUAUCUAAAUAAUGUUUAAUGAGCACAUUCACAGAUUAAAAAUAAUGCGUACACGUUUAAAAAAUGUUGCCUGUAUAAAUGCUUUACAUUAUUUACAUAAUAUAUUUAUUUUAAAUUUUCCUUAAAUAUUUUUUAAAGUAAAGUAUUUUGUGUAUAAUUAUAAUAAUAUAUUUAAUUAUAUAAUGUAAUAUUUAUAAAUGUAAAUAUCGAUGAGUCAUCUGUGAUUGGUUGAAAUAAAUUGCAAAGUGUUGCUAUAUUUAUUUUGAAUAUAUUUAUAUAUAUAAUGAAAGUUAAGAUAUUUUUGAUUCUAAGUCAAGUGUGCAGCUUGUAUGUUAAUAUGUAUAUCGUACCAGGCCGUGUAGCUAACAGUAUUUAAAAAUAAGUCAAACAAAACUCCUUAGUAAUAAACAAGUUUGUUAAUAUUCGUUAAAUAAAUAUAUUUAUACAUUAUACUUAUUCGUUUUUCAUCACUGAAAUAUUGUAUAUUUUAAUUGACUUUUAUUUAUUAAAAAAAAAAAAAUCACGUGAUUAUAUUUUAAUUAAAAUAAGUCUCGGUAUCACAUAAAUUAUUGAUUUUUAUGAUAUUUGUUUACAUUUCAUAAAUAAAACGUUUUUUUAAGUAAACAUGUUAAAAAUGUUGCAAGUUUUUGAUUUUUUCUUUAAAAAAAUGUUUUAUACUUAUUAUUAUUGUCUGUCAGUAUAUAUAUAGAAUACUCCAAAACAAAAGUACCUUAACACAACGUAAUUAUAUGUUAGCGCUAUUACAAUUGUGAUUUCACAAAAAAUAUUUUUAUAUUUAGUCAAUGAUUAAAAUUAUUUCUUUUUCA